CGGGCUGAGCUCAUUCCGAGCAGGCGCCAAGCCCGCUUUGGAAAGCGAAAGUAAGCAUCGGGCGGGGGGGAAAGCGCCGCUCCGUUUCCCGGCUUCCCUCCGCCCCUCGGAGCCAAGAGGUGCCCGUUUGGAGGAGGAGGAGGAGGAGGCGCUGCCAUAUCCCCUCCGGCGCUCUCUCGGGCUGGGUAUCAUCUUUGCGCUCCCUCCUUCCUCCGGCCUCCUUUGCGAGUCCUCGGCUCUCCCGGCCGCGAUGAAGCGCUUCUGCCUUGUCACGCUGGGUCUGGCGGCGCCGGCCUUCCUGAUCGCCAGCAUCGCCCUCCUGGCGGCCCACAUCAUGGAGAACCUGGUGGACGGCCAGAUCAAGGAGGGAACGGUCUUAAGAAAUAAUUCGGAAGCUUUUAAAUUCUGGGAGCAUCCUCCAAUACCCCUUCUCCUGCAGGUCUAUUUUUUUAACUUGACUAAUCCUUUAGAAGUGCUUCAAGGGGAAAAUCCGAUUGUCAAGGAAGUUGGCCCCUACACCUACAGGGAGUGGAAAUCUCGACGGGACGUACACAUUCUGGAGAACGGCUCAAAAGUGUCCUCUUUUCAGCCAAGCACUUACUAUUUUGAGCGAGAGCUCUCCGUGGGUGAUCCAGAAGUGGAUCGGAUCCGGACAGUAAACUUGCCCGCGGUGACGGCAAUGAAUAUGGCUCGGAAUUCGCCUUUCCGUUUUCCUGCAGAGCUGUUGUUGCUGGCUUACCAAGAAGACAUGUUCACCAUUCAUACAGUUGAAGAGAUUUUAUGGGGGUACACGGAUAAGUUUCUGCAGGCGAUACACAAAUUUUUACCCGGCGUCGAUCCGGUUUUUGGCUAUUUUAAACAGAUGAAUGCAACAGAUGAUGGUGAAUAUGUCAUGUUAUCUGGAGAAAAGAACUACCUGGACUUCACAAGAGUAAUUGAAUGGAAUGGCAAAGACAAGCUAGACUGGUGGACAACACCCAGCAGUAACAUGAUCAACGGAACCGAUGGAGGGACGUUCCACUCACUGAUCAACAAAGAUGAAAUGAUCUAUAUCUUCUCUACAGACUUCUGCAGAUCCAUAUAUCUAACCUUCGAGGAAGAGUUAACCGUUUUGGGAAUUCCAACGUACCGGUUUACACCUCCUUUGAAAAUCUUUGCCAAUGUCUCGGUUAAUCCAGACAAUGCUGGAUUCUGUGUCCCUGCCGGACACUGUAUGGGGUCUGGAAUCCUAAAUGUCACAGGUUGCAAACAAGGGGCCCCGAUAUUCUUAUCGCUCCCCCAUUUCUUUCAUGCUGAGGAGAAGUACGUCAAGUCGGUGGACGGCAUGCACCCAAAUAAACAGAACCACGACACGUUUCUUGAUAUUAAUCCACUGACAGGAGUUUUGGUGCGAGCGAACAAACGAAUGCAAAUCAAUGUUUAUGUUGAAACGAUACCUGGAUUUAUCCAAACAGGGAAUAUCAAGACAAUGCCCUAUCCAGUGAUGUUUGUAAAUGAGAGUUUUGCACUUGACGAUGUAAAUGCAGGAAUACUCAGGGCGGCUCUGCUUGAAUCCAAUCUGGUCCAGGCUGUCCCAUUCAUCAUGUUGGCACUGGGAAUUAUUUGUGGAGCAGUGUUUCUGGCAGUCACCUAUUGGCCCAAAGGGAAAAAAGAGGAGGGUAACGUUGACGAGCGAGCUCCACUUAUCCGGACUUAACUCCAUCUCCCCCGACCAUGCCAGGUUUACAGAAAAAAAGAGAGAGCUUCACAAUGAUGACUGUAAAGGGCAAGCGUUUUUAAACUGCCACCACAACCUACCACUUCAAUGGCACCCUUGAAGUCGUCCUCUUGCUAGCAUUUAGUAACCACCUGCUUCCGAGGAAGGUUGGGCAUUUGUAAACGGAACCUAAACGGAGGGGGGCAGCAUUACAGGCUUUUUAAAGGGGUCGGUUGGACGCCAUUUGCCACCGCUUUCCCAGAGUGUGAAAAUAGCAGUAGUAUUUCACUACACUUCUAUCAUUUUGUUGGACUUGUGGAGUUGCAACUGCACCUGGUUUCCCUUGCUGUUUAUUGGAGGUGUCAUGAAAGAUGAUGUCAGCCUUUGAUGACAUCCUUAUUUAGUUUAGGAGAUUUGCUAGUCCAGCCCUCGUCCUGCCAUAAUUUGAUUUCUUGGUGAAUCUUACGGGUCAGAUCUACUUGGAGUUUCAUUUUUCCCAUAGCGUAAAUCUUUGCACCGGAAAGAAAAAAGAAGAAUUUUACAUACAUCCAAGGAAAAUGCCUAUUUUUGUUCAGGCCAUCAAAUGCCCCAUUCGGUGUUGGUUUGUUUUUUAAUUUCCUUUUGAGUAAAAGGCUCAGACCAGCUUUUAUUAACUUGGCACCCUGUGGCAGUGCCAACUCUUUGAGAGAAUACCAGAUUGAGGAAGGCUGCCUCAGGUGUUUGCUAGUGAAUUCUCUCCUAUUUGUGUAUCUAUGGAAAUAGAGUUGGCAAUAGAGUGGAAAUAGAGUUUAAAAGAUCCAGCCCCUGGACCCAAAAGAUUUACUGGGAUUUUAACUAUUUUAUUUUAUUUUUUAAAAAAGUACACACACAAAGUAUGUUUGAAGGCGCCAUCUCUACAAACUGGACAUGUCACACAUAUUUUCCAAGAAUACACAACUUCAUGUGUGAAGGUUUUUUCACUCGUCCUUUCUCUCUCAUCUCCUUUAAAAAUGAUUUGGGGAUAACAGAUUUCUUCUUUAAAUCCAACACACAUUUUUUGUCAAGAUCUAAAGGCCUCUUCCCUCCGAGACAUCCAUCCAGAUGUGGCCGUCAUUUCCUCCUUCAACUUGGGAGGAAAAAAAGAAGGGAUCGGAGUCUUCACAAUUAACAGCCAACAUAGAAUUUAAACCCUGCAGGCCGAAGCCUGCGGUUUGUCAAGAUAAUGUGAUUGCUUUGAGGGGAGAAAAAAAGGGAAGUUUUACAGGAUCAUUCAUUUGCACUGGAGGGUCUACUGCUUGCACAGGGGGUUGGACUAGAAGACCUCCAAGGUCCCUUCCAACUCUAUUCUGAUUGAUUGGAUGUGCCGUCUUUGUCGAGUGAUUUGAUUGCACUGAUUUGAUGAAGGGAAGCUGGAAUCCUUUUUGAGAUGGUCCUGAAAGUAAGAUGGUAGCCAGUAAUCUUGUUGGUAGCCAGUAAUCUGGCUAAUCCUGCUUGCUUGAUAAUUCGGAGAGGAGAGGAGAAGGAAAAGCCCAAGACAUCUGACAUUAUGGAAGUUGGAAAAAAAAUUCUGGAAGAAAGCUGUAUUUGCCAAGAAAACAACAUGGAUGUCCAUGAAGGCACCAGGAGUCAAGCUCAAAUUGAACACUAUUUUUUCCCUCCUAACUAAGCAGUGAAAAAUGUUCCUGAUACUUUCCUCUGCUUCUUUUCUGUAGUGUAUCUAUUACUUUAUUGCCUGAAGUCUCACCACGAUACUCAGUUCCCCAAAUGUCCUAUUGUUAGAAUCCUAUUGUUAGAAAUGAAGUGGUUCCUUCAGUUUGCAAUCUUAAAAUUAUCCUGUUGGGUUAGGAAGGAUUCCCAUGGCUUUUGCUGUGCCUGGUUGUAUUACUUUAACUUCAUCUUAAAAAUGGCUUUGCUGGAUCCCACCGAAUGUCCCUUAGCCUGGGCAUUUCAUCCCCAGUUGUGCCAGGCAGAGUUCUGGGAAGUUAACCAAGGUUGAAGGUGCCCUCUAUUGUAGAAUUAAUCUAAGAGAUUAGAGGCACACGGUUUGCAAACCUGUGACAGGUGAUGAUAGUGGUUUCCUUGGAGGUUGGGCAAAUUCUGCCAAUUAGAUUAAAAUCUGAAUAUUAACCUUUUUCAGCUCAGAAAUGAAAAUGUCAGAUUACAGUGCAUCAACUGAUUGCAAAAAGAGAGACAGUUUUGAAUAUUUGCAGAGACAAAAAAGCAAAAAGAAAAGAAUAUAUCGAAGUCUUAGGAGCCCAGGAGUUGUACUACACAAUACUGUAGGUCAAGAUGGUGGAGUUCUGGCCUAUUCUGCAUGGAUAGCUUUUAGCCUAGGACUGAUAUAACUUAUAACAGAUUAUAGGCAAAGUGAAAUCACUUUUGCUUUCAAAGGAGAGUUCUCUUGUCACAAUUACAAAAAUAAAUUGGUCGGUCUUCUGAAAAGUUGGCCUGUUAGUCUCUUUGGGGUCCUUGGUGCUCCCUGAGCUUGGCUGUUUUCUUGGAGACGUUUCAUUGCCCAACUAGGUAACCUCAUCAGUGCUAAAGGGAGUGGGUUUUACUCUCUGUUUAUAUACAACUGGCUUGUUGGGUAGCGAAACAUCUGCAAGAAAACACUCCAAGCUCAGAGAACACCAAAGACCCCCACAGUUGAACCUUAAGCUAUAAAUAUUCUUUUCUAUUGCUGGUCUCUUGUUUGACAUGUUGAAAAGUAGAUGUGGCCAGAUGUAGGACUAGCAAUUGACUCUCUGGGUAGCAGCUUUAAAUACACAAAGGUUUUGCAAUAGCUAGUAAUAAAUCAAAGGGCUAGUUUCUCCUCUACUCAAAAAUUACUCAAUUUAAGACAAUUUGGAAGGGAGAACCACAACUGGAUUUCAGUACGGAACUAUGAGCUGCUUAUGAAGUCGGAACUGCAAUCAAUUCUAAAGGCACUAAACAUGCUUGCAAUGUUGCUUGUUUAAUUUUAAGCAUCUUUUAUAGCUGGCUAUAAUUGAUGGAUGAUUUGAGGUUUCUUGUUAAGAAAAAAAAAACCCCAAGGAUAAAGGCUUCUUACUCUUGAAACCAAUAUUACUGGCAAAUUUAUCCGUUGCUGAAGAUGAUGGAUAAAUUCAGGAUCCAGUCCCCAAACAGCCUUUUCCUGAACAUAUUUUUCUAAUUUAACUGGACAAAGCCAAUCGCUGCUGGUACUUAAAGCCCAGUGGCUUCUCUUGCACAAAUCUAGAAAUGAUGGGCACGUUUUGUAAGUUGCCCGCCAUUGUUUCCGCUCUUGACGUGGAGGCUCUCGCACCAAGUCCCCAGGAAUCUGCAGGUUCCUUGUAAGCCAACUGGACAUCCCAAUAUUUGCCCUGCAGCUGCACAAGUGGUGAUGUGUGCACUGACCCACUAUCUUGGACUGAAACCAUAGACUGCUCUCUUUUAGAAAGAUUCGAGCCCUCGUUCAGUUGUAAGGGACAGGGUUGGGUUUAAAUCACAUUUAUCUAAUGCUUC